AUGAUAGACCUGAAGAAACUGUUUUUUGAAAUUUGCGUAGAAACUGUUUUUCCUCAAGCUUUUGCCAAGACUGCUUCCCCUUGUCACUUGUCUUCUUUCUCCUCGUCUAUAGAAACCAUUAACAUUUUCAGGCUUAUAAGAUCUUUAAAAAAUUAGUGGUUAUUCAAUUUUUAAAAUUUUUCCAGUUCCUUCUGAGACUCCACAAAUUCGAAAUAUUCGGACUCCUCUAGCUGACAUCUAUAAUAGGAAUAUUGAAAAAGAAUGCGAACAUUUCGAUGGUUUUAAUAAUAUCCAACAAAAGAAGUCGUCUUUAUCAUUCUUUAUUCCUCUUGAUGAGAAUUUUCGUUUAAACGAUAGAAAGGCUCAAGUUUUCAGAGAACGUUCUGAACAACGUUGCCGUGCAAUUGAAGAAGCUUCUCGCAAACGA